AUGCAAAUAUCUGACUCGCGAGCGAAGUCGCUGCGUAUGCGCUUUUCAGCGGAGCACAGUGGCGACGAAGUGGCCGACGACGGGGUUCCGGCAUCGAGCAUGGUGACAGCUUCGGGAACCAGCGUUGUCGAGUGCCAGAGAGGCAAGCGAACGCCCUGGGCCGAAUCACUUACAGGCAGCUGCGACAGGGACUGCCAAGUGUCGGUCGCGCGCUCGUUGCCAGCGUCGCUGACGCGCGAGUCCUCGGCGCCAGUGCAUGGCACGGCGUAUUCAUUUCGUGGUUAUGGUGUAGAGCACACGCUACCGGUGUCUCCAGGGAGUCGCCGAAAAAGCAAGCUGGGGAGUGGAAUUCAUCGUUCGGUAUCCGAGCAGAUCGCCCAAAGUCUUCGACAGCAAAAUGUUCUCGUACAGAAACUUUUGAGGCGGCGGCAACAGCAGCAACAACAACAACAGCAACUGCUGCAGAUCCUGGAUCCAUCCGAGGAAGAUUUUCUGGAAAGGAUUAUGACGUCGCUGCCCGGCGUUGCCAUUGAUCGUCUGGUGCUCCCAGAGCCGGCACUCUUUCGUGAGCUACAUUCUGCUUUCGAUCCAGAUACGACGGAUGGAAUCGGAGCCAAGCCCCAGCCGGACGGCGACACCUGCUCGGCGCCCGGAACGUCUGCGGUUGCCGGCAAUAGCGAACCCGAUGCCUGGACAGAAGAGGCGGAAAUGAUUAUGCAGUCUGACACGGGCCUGGAAACCGAUUCAGGGCACGACAACCACCGCAUCGGUGGAGACCAUACCAUCUCACCGUCCGCGGCAGCGAUGGCUGCCUAUGCCCGAGCGAUCAUUACCGGGAAACCGACCGCAAGCCAUGCCCAGUACGCGCGUUUGUCUCCGGAUUUGUCGGCAUUUUAUGUGGUUGAUCUGGGACAUGUCGCUCGCCAGUAUUGGCAAUUUCGGCGACUCUUGCCGCGCGUGCGCCCUCACUACGCAGUGAAAUGCAACCCCGAUCGCUGUGUUGUCGCGGUACUGGCGGCUCUAGGAUGCGGCUUCGACUGUGCGUCCCGGACCGAAAUUGAUCUGGUGAUGGAUACCUGCGCAGCGCUGGCGGCGUCGGGCAAGGAGAAAGGAUUCCCGGUCGGCGGUGUAGGGUUCGGCGGCUCAGGGAUUGACCCCCGGCGUAUUGUAUACGCUAACCCGUGUAAGGCACCUCCACAAAUACGCUACGCACUGGAGAAGCACGGUGUGUCCCUAAUGACAUUCGACAACGAACUCGAGUUGUACAAGGUUAGGGACGUCUACUGGGCCGCCUGCAAAGUAGCCGGGAUCGCGAUUGGUCACGCGGGGAGUCAAUUUGGCCCCGUGGCAGACGCGAGCGGAUCGACAGGUGCACCUGGACCGUCGAACGAGCCCAGCAGCAGCAGCAGCUGCAGCAGCACGGCGGCUGGUACGCUGGGAACCGAUAACCAACACAUGAUUCCGGUGCCGCGGAUGCUUCUGCGUAUCGCAACGCAUGAUCAAGACUCCUUGUGCCCCCUGAGCAGCAAGUAUGGAGCGUCGCUGGAGGAUGUGCCGGAGCUGCUACGCGUGGCUCGCGAGCUCGGCGUCCGCGUCGUCGGCGUUGCGUUCCAUGUGGGCAGCGGGGCGCGCUCCUUUGCCGCCUACUAUCAAGCGCUUCAGGAUGCUCGCAAAGUCUUCGAUAUGGCAGAGGUGAUUCUGGGAGAACCGCUCACGAUUCUCGAUAUCGGUGGCGGAUUCCCAGCCCAUGAUGGUGACGCGCCGAUCUCGUUUGCCGAAAUUGCUGCUCGUUUGGGACCGGCCCUGGAGGAGUUGUUUCCGGCCUCCAGCGGUGUCGAUGUGAUCGCCGAGCCAGGCCGCUAUUUUAUCGGUGCAGCACAGAUCUUGGCGACGCAGGUGAUCAGCGCACGUCCCAAGCAUAUCGGUGUCAACGGGAAGGAUACGCCAACGCCAACGCCACUGAAACGCGGUAUGGACUAUUAUAUUGGAGAUGGUAUGUACGGAAGCUUCAAGGAUGCAGCGCUGCUCGGUGUAACGUUCACGCCGAGGUUGCUACUUCCGGAACCCAUUCCACCCUGUGCUACGGAUGCGUCCCUCUUGCAUCCGGUGCGAUGCACGAUAUUCGGGCCGACAUGUGAUUCCCUCGACGUGGUGCGCCGCGACGUCAUCCUGCCGCAACCGCUGCAAAUUGGUGACUGGCUCUGGUGGACUGGCAUGGGUGCCUAUACGCUGAGUCUGGCUGGUGGUUUUAACGGCUUUACGCCUCCGCCCUGCUUCUACGUUUGUGGGAUGAGUCCGAGCAGCUCGUAUGCGCUCGUCUGGGGCCGCAAUUUGGAGGCGGAAUCGGUAACUGCGGAGCUGGUUGCGCUUCGUCGUUUGGCGAAUGCGCAGCGCCAGCGCCGUGCGCGGAUCACCUCUGGGCAGUCUGAAAAAGAGGCAGAAGCGUCAUCGUCGUCGUCGCCGCUGCCCAGCUCUGAAGCGGGUCCAGCGGGAUCAGCGCAUCCGCUCUGA